UUCCUGCUUCCACGACGCCCUCUGCCCUGGUAGUAAAGCAAGAUUUUUCUCAAAGUGUACCAUGCCGGAUGGGACUCCGAUUCGUCGCCUUCCGCCAGAGCUGCUCGCCGAGGUCUUUGAGCGGACAGUCCCAACGAGUAGCUCAAGUUGGCUCACCAAUAUCAGAGAAGUCCCUUGGAUACUCGGACAUGUCUCCAGCUCCUGGAGAAAACUUGCGCUUUCCCUUCCUUCCCUCUGGUCCUCCAUUUACAUUGACGAAUAUCGCAAACGCACCGUUCCUAUGUUGAAAUUAGCAUUGGCUCGUUCCGGAACGGCACCCCUCACUCUUCAUCUCUAUCUUUCUUUCAUGGGUGCUGAUCAGAUGAUGGAGUUGUAUUCAAUUCUCUCCAAUGAGUGUUAUCGCUGGAAGAGUAUCAGCAUCACUCUCGAAAGCUAUUCCAACGAAGCAGCUCAACAAUUCUUUUCACUAAUUGUUCCAGCUGACUAUCCUAUACUCGAGUCGUUUAGCUUCAUAAUGGAUGCUCCUUUCUCUCAUCUGGGAGUCUUCCCCGCCGGAUUCUUCGAUAGGGCACCCAUGUUACACGACAUCCAUAUGUUUCCAUCACUAACGAACGACAUUCCUUGGUCUCAAAUCACUACAUUCAUCUCCUCCACUAUUACUGUUGAACAACAGUUUGUCCUCCUUCGUGAAGCCCCACAGCUCCAAACUCUUGAAGUCGAGGAUUACCGAGGAACACACGUGCUCUCCGUGGAGAAUUCUUAUCCCCUUGUUCAUGCUUCCUUGACCACAUUCAGGGCCCCGGAUAUAUCAACCUUUUCAUCUUUGACUCUCCCGGCUCUCACCAAUCUCUAUAUCAACAAUAUCGUGGACAAGAAUGACGCAGACAAAUUCUCAGCAUUUGUCAGCCGGUCAGGCUGCCCUCUCGAAUCACUGCGUUUCCCAUUUGCAGCAUUCUCCUUAUCCCUCGUCGACACAUUUUCGAGUCUGCCGACCCUACGCGAGCUCAACACCGCGUUCUUCGACGGAGAUGUGACACCGCUCUUAUCGGCCCUGAGCGCCCCACCGCUGAUCCUUCCCAUACUGGAGGACCUUGAGCUUAACCAGGCGUUCGGUACCCUUAAUUUGAGGAUGGUUGUUGCUUUGGCCUCAUAUAGGCACGAGCAUACACCUCUGCGGUAUCUCACGAUGGAGAGUAAGAAGAUCUUGCCGAAGCGCCUGCAAGCGCAACUUCCUCAUCUGACUGCUUUGCGAGAGCUGCAAGGGAGAGACUUUGUUCUGAACAUUUUAGAGAGUGGCAAAGAUGUUUUGAAUCGACGUUGAUUCUUGUACGAAACGGCGUCCUGAAAAUGGACUAAUCCAUAUUCUUGUGAUGGGUUUGAAGAAACAGUUCUAGUCAGCGUGGCGAAGGCAGUAUACCCUUUUCUUUCUCCCUUAUUGCAGCUUUUGGUGCUCACGCAAGCGCGAGCUAUAAAAAA